AACAGGCCAACAUCCGCUUUUUCGGAUAUGGACGACAGCCCAUUCCCACGAAAGGCAAAUGCACUGUUGCCGUUUCCUGUAAUGGUAUGACACAGAUGUUGCCGCUGAUCGUCGUUGGUAAAGAAGGUACAUCCCUGGGCGCCAUCGACUGGAUCGAUGCUUUCAAGAUUGGCAUGAACGCCUUGAUCUACGAUGGAUCAACUGUGGCAUUGUCAUCGACCACGGAUGUCAACAUGGUCAGCAAGAGCGUGAACAACCUGUGAAAACAGGAUGUCAAAUGGCACUGGUCCAAAGAGUGUGACCAGGCAUUCACCAGGUUGAAGGAGAUGCUCACCCAGAAGAUGCAUUUGGUCCACUAUGACCCAUCGAAGCUGAUCUCGCUGGCUGUCGAUGCAUCGCCGUUUGGUUUUGGAGCAGUAAUUUCACAAACGGCGCCGAACGGCAAGGAAGAACCAAUCGCGUUCGCAUCCAAAACGCUGAUGACCGCAGAGAAAAACUAUAGUCAAGUGGAGAAAGAACAGCAUACAGAUAAAGCAAAUACUGUUAUCUCUUCAAAAGAGAACACUGAGGAAAACUCUGUUGAUUCUGAGUCUUUAACAAGAGUAGUGAAACGCAAAACAGGCUGUAAAAAAAGAGCGAAGUGAAGUUCAGCUAAAUGGAGAUGUUCAAACUGGAAAGGGGGAAUGUGAUGUUUGGUGGACCAUGUGGGGUGGGAGGACCCAUUGCUCCUCCUAUGCAGCAGGUGGCGCUGCACAGGACAAAGGGAGACGUUUUGUAUAUAGUUUAUCCUGUCUGUAGACAGUGUGUGUGCAGCCAUUUUGAGUUGUCUUGUUGCCAGCAUUGAGUGAUGCAUUAAAGACUUCUGUUGUAAUUUGAAGACUGUCAAGUUUUGUGCAGACCUAGAAAACAAACACAAAAGUUUGGGUUGGGACCCUUCUUCAGACGACAGUAAACGGGUGAUCGAUGGAGGGCCAUUGGGUCUUUUUUGAGGCUGUGACUCUAAGCUGUAACCUAAAAAAACUUCAACAGGAAUCUCCAAAUGCAAUUGAGGUCAAUGUAACUACAUUAUGGGUGCACAAGGAACUGAAGUUGAUAUAAUAUUAAGCAAAAUGCAAAAAAGUGCUGAAGUAACUCAAUGGGUCUGGAAGCAUCUUUGGAGGGAAUAGCAGAUGCAGGGCGGAAUUGACAUCACGGAGCGGGGGAUCGCCAGUGUUGGAGCUCCAGAGUGUUGGGCCUGCUGAUAUUAAUACCGUGGCGCUGUGGUCUUCGGAGCUUCUAGCCGUGGGCAUGGUGCUGACUUUAACAUCGCAUAGCGGAGUGAUCCCUUGCCGAGGAUCGCCAGAGUUGGAGAUCCAUCCAACGGGGCCUGUAGUCUUGGAAGCCGCGGUCUUCGGUAAGAAGUGGCCGAUUAGGAAAUUCCAAUCCGCAAAGUGUGUUCCGAUCCGUUCCGACGCCAGAUUUUUGAUCAUCCCAGCGAGAGGGCCUGUACAUCGGGUCGUCCAUAGUGGAGACUGCAGAGGGUUCAAAGGCCCCACCACAGGUGAACAAAGAGGAAGAUGACUGAACUUUAUUGCCUUCCAUCACAGUGAGAAACAUUGAUUCCACUGUGGUGGAUAUUUAUGAUAAACUCUAUCGUGUAUUUUGUUCUUUUUAUUCGUAUGGCUGUACGGUAACUCAAAUUUCACUGUACCAAUUGGUGCACGUGACAAUAAAUGUGAACGAACUAGAGGUGACGUUUUGACUCAGGACCCUUCUUCAGUCCUGUCCACCUUUGAAUGGAGAUAGAAUUAGUAGUAGUUAGACACCCUGGACAGUCUUUUUCCCAGGGAGGAAACUAGAGGUCAGAGUGUUAUGGUGAGAAGGGGGACAUUUAAAGGAGGUUUAUAAGGCAAUUUUUAAACACCCUGAGUGAGUGGUGGGUGCCUGAAAUGCACUGCCAGGAGAGACGAUCAUGUGGUGAAAGCUGAUAUGUUAAAAAUGUUUAAGAGGCAUGUUGGCCGAGGUACAGUUAAAAGCUUUUUGUUGCGUGGUAUCCAGUCAGUGAAAAGACUAUACAUGAUUACAAUCACGCUGUCCACAGAAUACAGAUGCAGGGUGAAGGGUGUAAUGUUAAGUCGGAUUAAACUUCCCCUCUGUUAACAGGCCUCUGAAUGGCCCUUCCAUAAGCAAGGGGACUGUCCGAUUCACCUCUAUCCCUUUGUGGAAAUUGGGCUCAAUGGAACUGGUGCUCUACAAUGCUGAGAACUAUAUUCUGCACUCUGUAUCUUCCCGUUAACUCUAUCUAUUGUUUUGAGUCUGAUUGAUUGCAUAUAUGUAUGGUAUUACCUGAUUUCAUUGACAACAUGCCAAACAAAGCUUUUCACUCUACAGAUGAUAAUAAUAAACCUCGACAAAGCUAUGUCAUAAGAAAAUCUACUGAUGAAAUGUGAAAGUCAGAAGGACCAGGGCUAUAUUUCUAAGUCGGGAUGGUGUACGGACUUGCCAUGCUUCUGACUGCCUCUGAACUUCAAUGGUCAACAUUUUGGAUCUGUAGUUUGGGCCUGUACUCACUGGAGUUUAGAAGGAUGAGGGGGAAACCACAUUGCAACUUACUGAAUAGUGAGAGGCCUGGAUAGAGUGGAAAUGGAGAGGAUGUUUCCACAAAUGGAAACAUAGCCAUAGUCUCAGAAUAAAAAGAGCUGAGGAGGAAUUUCUUUAGUCAGAGGGUGGUGAAUAUGUGGAAAUCAUCACCGCAGAAGGCUGUGGAGGCCACCAUUGGAUAUUUUUCAGACAGAGACUGGUAGAUUCUUGAUUAGUAUGAGGGUCAAGGAUUUUGGGAGACUGCAGGAGAAUGGGGUUGAGGGAAAGAUAGAUCAGCCAUGAUUGAAUGGCGGAUUAGAUAAUGGGCCAAAUGGCCUAAUUCUGCUACUAGAAUAGAUGAACUUUAGAAACUCUGCUCCAGUAAAUUGCUUGUAGAAACAAGGAACUGCAGAUGCUGGUUUACAAAUGAAGACACAAAGUGUGGAGUAACUCAGGGGGUCAAACAGCAUCUGUGGAGAACAUGGACAGAUGACAUUGUGGGUAGGAAAACCUUAUUCGCACUGUUCCAAAGUCCAAGACGCCAGAGAUGAUACCUGACCUGCCCAACCUCACCCUGUACCUUGGGGCCUCGAGUCCUGGCAAACCUUCCUUGCACUGUUUCCAACAAUGGCAACUUUCCUAUAGUGUGGUGAACAAAACAGAACAUAACACCGCAAAUGCCACCUCACAAUGUUAUAGUACAGAAAGAGGCCAUUCAGUCCAUCAUGUCUGCAGCAGCAGAAACCAUUUUUCAGUGCCAGGAGGGACUAUGGGACGCUGUCUUGGGAUAAAUGGAUAAAGUACCAGAAAGAAGAUAAAGAGGGGCUUGUGUUGCUUUCUAAUGUUGUGGUCUGGAUUACACUGGUCAAGACUGAAGGGAAUAGGUUUAAUAACUGAAUGAAAGAUGCAGCAUAGAAUCAGGCCCUUCGGCCCACCACACUCACGCCGACCAUCGAUCACCCGUUCAUACUGGUUCCAUGUUACUUCACUUUUGUAUUCACCCUAUAUAAUAACACUAUCCUACACACUAGGGACAAUUUUACAAUUUACAGAAGCCAAUUAACUAACAAACCUUUACGUCUUUGGAGUGUGGGAGGAAACCGGAGCGCCCGGAGAAAACUCAUGAAGGUGUCGGAGAGAACGUCAUUCAACACUCCGUACAAACCGCACCCGAUGUCAGGAUCAAACCCCGGUCCCUGGUGCCAUCGCUGCACCACUGUGCUGCCCCUGUCAUUCCAUUGAUGAAAGCAAAAACCAUUCAACCAGCAAAUCUUAGCCUUAAACAUAAUGCAGGAAAGAACACAAACAUUUAUUUGAUCCCGUUCAAUCACAGAAUUCAUAGUUGCCGCAGUCCUCAACCAGACGGACAUACCUACUAACCACGUGCGUUUACAUUCCAAGUGUGGCCAUGAAUUUAAAUACUGAAACUAGUGUGCUGCUUCUAAAAAGACCCGUGUAAGUGGAGGCUGUAUGAAAACAAGCCAGUUCAUGGUCAGGCAUUCAUGGGGCUAUGAAGAGGGAUUGAUGAUUAUGUGACGGAGGGAAAUAAUGGUGUGAGUGUUGGAGGAGGAGAGGCAAGGUUUACUGCCGUUUGCUUUUGAAGGCUAUACACCCGGUCUCUAAAGUGGUUGCUUGCCUCCCUGACUAAUCAGCAAAUGAAAGGCACAUUCCUGGCACUUGCAAAUGCUUCAACACAAAGAUGAAUUGCCUCCUUGCAGGACCAGCUUGCUUUUUUUUCGCUCCCGAUGAGCUCUAGGUUUUUCUCAGAGAGCCCCAUUUGCACUGGACUUGGCUUGAGUUGCCUGCAUUACAAUCAACAGUGGCUGACUCAUGCGAGACAAAAGUUCUUCAUUGACUGCCAAGUACUUCUCACAGGGCGCAAGAGCUGCUGAUCAGAAGAAAAAAUAAAUUCCACCAGGAAUAAUUUUGAGAUAGGUGUUCAGUCCGGACGUUUUUUGGGAGAUCUGGGACUUUUCAGUUGAGUGACUUUCGAAAGCGGAAAGUUCUAUUAAAAAAAUAAUUCACAAAGAAGGUUCAAACCAAUUCUGCCUGUACGAGUUUCAUGUAUGGACAGGGACAGAGUGCUGCACUUCCUAUUGAAGAAAUAAAAGGCGUCAAACUGACUUUCAGUCGGCGACAGAAGAAAAAGACCAUCUGCGUUCUAUCAGAGUUGUGCAGCUUGCUGUUUCGAUAUAGAGCGACUGGCCUUCACAGGUCUGCCCCAGCUGUUCCGUACGUGCAAAGCAUUCCUCCCUCGAUGGGGAUGUUAAACCACUGCAGCUGGUGGACUUGUCUAAUGGGAUGUGCUCUGGUGGAUUGCUGGCUGGUCACCCUUGUCUAUUCGGAGCAACAUCGAGCCGAGACUCAACAUCCCCGAAUCCAUCGUGUGAAGCGCAAGUGGGUGUGGAACCAGUUCUUUGCGGUUGAAGAGAACACCGAAAAAGAACCACUCCGCAUCGGGAAGAUACACUCCAACUCGGAUACGGGCAAUGGGACGUUGAGGUACACGUUGAGCGGUGAGGGAGCUGGCACCAUAUUCACCAUCAAUGAGGAUAAGGGAGACAUCUACGUCAUGAAGAAGCUAGACCGCGAGGAGAAGCCGUCCUACACACUCCGUGCACAAGUGGUGAACAGAGCUACCAAUCAGUACGUUGAGCCCGAGUCAGAGUUCAACAUUAAGGUCCAAGACAUCAACGACAAUGAACCCAGGUUUCUAGACGGGCCGUAUGUCGCCACCGUCCCUGAGAUGUCGCCUGACGGGACCUCCGUUACCCAAGUAACAGCUACAGAUGCUGACGACCCCUCAUAUGGGAGCCAUGCCAGGAUUGUAUACCGCAUCCUUCAAGGACAACCAUACUUCCUGGUUGAACCAACUACAGGAAUUAUUCGAGUAGCUAUGCCGAAUAUGGACAGAUUAGUCAAAGAGCAUCACCUGGUUAUUGUUGAAGCAAUGGACAUGGCUGGACUGAAAGGUGGUUUCUCAGGGACAACUACGGUGACCAUCACCUUGUCUGAUGUGAAUGACAAUGGGCCAAAGUUUCAACACAAGUUGUACCACUUUACGGUGCUGGAAUCCACCGACAUAGGGACCACAGUGGGGAGAGUGCUGGCCACAGAUGCCGACACUGGACAAAAUGCAGAAAUGGUCUUCAGUGUAGAAGGCAGUGAUGGCUCAGAUUUAUUCAACAUAGUUGCAGAUGGCCAGACCCAGGAAGGCAUCAUCAUUCUGAAGAAGGCUCUGGACUACGAGAGCAAAAGGUGGUUUAGCCUCAGGGUGCAGGCAAUCAACAAACACAUCGAUCCGAGGUUUCUGCAGCUGGGACCGUUUAAAGAUGUGACCAACGUGAAGAUCAGUGUGCUGGAUGUGGACGAGCCACCACUAUUUCUCUCUCCCACCUACACCUUCAGGGUUCAGGAGAAUCGAGAGCCCGGAGCCCCUGUGGGAAAGGUCUCCGCCAGGGACCCUGAUGCAGCAAGCAAUUCAAUCAGGUAUUCCAUCGAUCGUGGGACAGGCAUGGACAGUACUUUCCACAUUGAUGCCUUCAAUGGCACCAUCACAACCUCCCAAUCCCUGGACCGAGAGGAGGUCGCCUGGUACAAUUUAUCCAUCUUGGCUGCAGAAGUAGGUGAUUCAGAGAAGGUUACCUCCGUCUUGGUGCAAAUCGGCGUCCUGGAUAAGAAUGAUCACCCUCCCGUGUUUCCCAUUCCCUACGAAACGUUUGUAUGUGAAAAUGCAAAGUACGGACAGCUCAUUCAGACCAUCAGUGCGGUGGACAAAGAUGACCCACUGGAGGGACAAUAUUUCCACUUCACACUGGCGGCAGAUGUAGGCAGUAAUCCCAAUUUCACCGUUAGCGAUAAUCAAGAUAACAGCGCCUCUAUCCUGACACGGACUGUUGGAUUUAAUCGUCGAGAGCAGGCGGUUCACUUGCUGCCCAUCGUGAUAGAGGACAGUGGGGAUCCAUCCCUCAGCAGCACCAACACACUGACUGUCCUCGUGUGUAAAUGCAGCAACAAUGGGGUUGGGCAACUGUGCAACACCGAUGCAUUCCUGCUGCCCGCUGGUCUCAGCACGGGGGCCCUCAUCGCGGUGGUCGUCUGCAUUCUGAUGAUACUAGCCAUUGUCCUCCUCCUUCUCAUCCUGCGACAGCACAGGAAGGAGCCCGACUGCACGGAUGAUGUGGAUGACGUGCGCGAGAACAUCGUCAGGUACGACGAUGAAGGGGGCGGCGAGGAGGACACGCGGGCCUUCAACAUGGCUGCCCUGAGGGGGCCUGAUGCCAGGGGAGGGCCCAAGGUGCGCGUGGAUGUCACGGCGGGAGUCCGGUCGGCAUACAGGCGGUCGCUCGGGAUGGGCCCGGACGCGGCCAUCUUCCGAGAGUUCAUCAGGGAAAGGUUGCGGGAAACCGACACAGAUCCCUCCGCCCUCCCCUUCGACUCCCUGCAGACCUACGCCUUUGAGGGCAGCGGCUCCGUGGCAAGCUCCCUGAGCUCCAUGUCCUCUCUAGCCUCCAUUUCACACCUAUCUUACGAUCAUCUCAGAGACUGGGGACCACGCUUCUACAAGCUGGCAGAACUGUACGGGAAUUGUGAGCCAGUUUCAUGAGUGGGGUGACAAGUAUUAAAUAUCUCGGUGAAAGUCCUCCUGAUACCCUGGUGCCUCUGAAAUCAUCACGUUCACCUACAAAGCCCCUAGAAAUCCUCAGCCAAUCCCCACAUUCUCCAAGGACAAAACACAAUUCUGCUCCAUUCUAUAAUCAGAAGAUUACUCCAUCUUAAAACAUUUUGAACCUGUAAUACUUGGUGUAAUCCAGAUGGUAAAGGAAAAAUCAUCGCCACCACCAACUAGGCUAAUGUGCCCUGCAGUUCGACCUACAUAGAACAUAGAACAGUACAGCACAGGAGCAGGCCCACAAUGUCCGUGCUGAACACGAUGCCAAGAUCACUCCCAAGAACUAAUCUCAUCUGCCUGUAAGCGAUCCAUAUCCCUCCAUUACCUGCAUAUCCACAGGACCCAUGGAGAAUGUGGAUCUGGUGACUCAUGCUCUCACCUGACAAAGACUUGGGACAUUGCAAACUAAAGACAGAAUGACGCGAUUCAUUUCACAUUCUGUUCCAUUAUUGAAUUUGUUGGCAUAAAGUCUUGACCAUCAAUAUGAUUUGAAUCACAAACUUCCUCAAAGGCAUUCCAUUCCAUUAAGCUCAAGAGUUAGAAGUCGCCAUGGCUGGCUGGAGACACAUCUAUCUUUUGUCAGAAGGCUGUGGGUUCCAGUAACCUCCAGUGUUAUGUAUACAUGAACUACCUUGACACACUCGGUGAGGAUGUUGUUAGAUACAAUAUUCAACAGAAGCAUUGUCCAUUCACUCACUGGAAAAAACUUCACCAAUGGGCGUUACACCAUCAUUGAAAACAUCACUGUGUGUGAUGUUCAUGAAUGACUGUAAGGAAGACAGAUUGAGGAGAUUUCGAGUUGCGUGGAGAGAUAUUCAUUCUUUAAUUUAGCAAAGGCAGACUCAAAGUUCUGGAGUAACUCAGAGGGUCAGGCAUCAUCUCUGGGGAAUAUGGAGGGGUGAUGCUUCGGAUCGGGACCUUUCUUCAGACUGAUUGUAGUUGGUUAACCAAUUCCACAGUUCACAACAAUGUAUCCCUCUUGGCAUCACACCAUCUCUAGCCAAUAAUUGGCCUAACGGAACCACCUUGCUUGAGGUCAUCUGUUGCCGGCAUUGAUUAGUCCUGGCAUUUUCUUGCUGCCAGCAUUCCCUACAAUCAGUCUGAAGAAGGGUCCAGACUCGAAAUGUCACCUAUCAAUGUUCUCCAGAGAUGCGGCCUGACCUGUUGAGUUAUUCCAGUAUUCUGUGUAUUCUUACUAAAUUAAAUUAAUCUCUUCUGCCUGCAUGUGAUCCGUAUCUCUCCAUUCCUUGCAUAAACAAUAAGCUCAUAGGAGCAGAAUUAGAGCAUUUGGCCCAUCAAGUCUACUCCGCCAUUCAAUCAUGGCUGAUCUAUCUUACCCUCUCAACCCCAUUCUCUUGCCUUCUCCCUGUAACCUUUGACACCCGUACUAAUCAUGAAUUUUUCAACCUGUGCUUUAAAAAUACUCAAUGACAGCGUCCUCAGCAGUCUUUGGCAAUGAUUUCCACAGAUUCACUACCCUCGAGCUCAAGAAAUUCCACCUCAUUGUCGCUCUAAAGGUAUGUCCUGUUAUUCUUAUGCUGUGCCCUCUGAUCCUAGACUCUCCCACUAGUGGAAACAUAUCCUUGUCCAUGUACCCAACUAAAAGUAUCUUAAACGGCACUGUAGCAUCUGCCUCCACCACCACCCUUUGUAGCGUGUCACAGGCACCCAUCACACACCGUGUUAAAAACAAACCUGCCCUGCACACCUCAUUUAAACAUUUUCAAGCUAUGACCUCUAGUCUUUGAAAUUUCUACCCUGGGAGAACAGGUUCAGUCUGAAUACCCUGUGUAUGCCUCUCAUCAUUUUAUGCUCCGAUCAGUUCUCCCCUCAAAAUAACAGAGUGAGUAACAGACCCAUAUGCCCCUGUCCCACUUAGAAAACCUGAACGGAAACCUCUGGAGACUUUAUUCCCCACCCAAGGUUUCCGUGCAGUUCCUGGAGGUUCCCGGAGGUUUUUGUCAGUCUCCCUACCUGCUUCCACUACCUGCAACCUCCAGCAACCACCUGCAACCUCCGGGAACCGCACGGAAACCGUGGGUGGGGUGCAAAGUCUACAGAGGUUUCUGUUCAGGUUUCCUAAGUGGGACAGGGGCAUUACAAUUUCUAAAAUGACCUACACUCUUCUGGCAUUGUUCACUACAUCAGAAUGUCCUGAAGCACUUUACAGUCUUUUAGUUUAGUUUUGAGAUACAGCGUGGAAACAGGCCCUUCAGCCCAAUGAGACCACACCGACCAGCGAUCCCUUUACAUCAGCAGUAUCCUACACAAUGGGUAUAAUUUACAAUCUUUAGCAAAGCCAAUUAACCUACAAAGCCAUAAGUCUUUGGAGUCAGGGGUGAACAUAAACUUCCGGACUAACAGAACCCGCGAUCCAGAUCGAACCUGUGUCUCUGGCGCUGUAAGGCAGCGACUCUGCUGUUGUGCCACUGUGCCGUCCCUAUAGUCAGCGAGAUAUUUUUGUACAAAGGGCUAUAAAGUGCUGGAAUAACUCAGCAGGUCAGGUGGCUUCUCUGGAGAACAUGUAUAGGUGACCCUUCUUCAGAUUUAUUUUUGUGUCGUAAGCCACUGUUGUAAUGUAGGAACUGCAAAGGCCAACUUGCACACAUAGGGGAAACAUCUGGAAACAACAAGGUGAAAAUAACCAGGUAUGAUUGCAGCUGUGGGAUAGAUAUUAACCAAGAGACCUUGCUGAGCUGCCCUUUUCUGCUUUAGAGUAGUACCAUGAGAUCUUUUAGAUCCAUCUGAAAGAGAAGUCUGGCUUUGUGUUAGCCAUUCUUCUGAAAAGCAACAGCUCCAACAAGGCCAGCAUAUUGGCACAACAGAGUUGUUGCCUUAGAGCGCCAGAGGCCCGGAUUCGAUCCUGACCAAGGGUGCUGUCUGAAUGUGUUCCACACUUCCUGAGGUCAUCUGUUGCCAUCCCUGAUUUGUUCUGGCCUUUUUUCACCUCUACUCCUUUGCCAACAUCUUCUCUCAGCCUGAGCAAGGGUUCCAACCCGAAAUGUCAUCUAUUCUUUUCCCCCAGAGAUGCUGCCUGACCUGCUGAGAUACUGUAGAUGUCCCAUCUACAUUAGUCACCCUGCCUGCGUUUGGCCCAUAUCCCACUAAACCUGUCCUAUCCAUGUACCUGUCUAAAUGUUUCUUAAACGUUGCGAUAGUACCUGCCUCAUUACCUCCUCCGGCAGCUCGUUCCAUACACCCACAGUCCUUUGCAUAAAACAGUUACCCUUCAGAUUCCUAUUAAAUCUUUUCUCCCCUCACCUUAAAUCUUUGUCCUGUUGUUCUCCAUUCCCCUCCUUUGGGCAAGAGAUUCUGUGCAUUUACCCAAUCUAUUCCUCUCAUAAUUUUGCAAAACUCUAUAAGAUCACCGUUCAUCCUCCUGCGCUCGAGGGAAUAGAGUCCUAGCUUGUCCAUUCUCUCCCUCUAGCUGAGGCCCUCGAGUCCUGGUAACAUCAUCGUAAAUCUUCUUUGCACCCUUUUCAGCUUGACAACAUCUUUCCUAUAACAUGAUGAACAGGACUGAAUACUCUAAAUGUGGCCUCGCCAAUGUAUUAUACAACUGUAACAUGACCUCCCAGCUUAUACACUCAAUACUCUUGCUGAUGAAGGCCAGUGUGCCAAAAGCCUUUUUGGUCACCUUACGGCACCCUUGGUGAGAGUUUUGUUAAUAGAAAACUCAACAGAAGCAUUAUCCAUUCUCUCACUGGAACAAAAGGCAAACGAUUAUUUUACUUCGGAGUCACGUGAGUGACUACGUGAAGAACCCCGCCAGGACGCAUGCGUGUCAUAUCGCUACACGCAUUGCGAAACGUCAGGCGCGGUGGAACGGCAUUCCCCCGCAGCGGCAGUUUAAAAGCCGGAACCAGCAGGUAAGAGUUACUCUGCGGUCUUUUUUGUUUCCUAUACCAACUUACAGGUGGGGAACAUGGACAAAUCGAAGAAAGCAAAAAGGGCUGCGAUAAAGCUGGUGAGGGAGGGACGCGGAUCAGCGGGCAGCCAGCAGCAGCCAGCUGCACCUGGAUCACCGAUAAUGGGAUCAGCUGUGCCCGAUGUCGCCUCCGCACUGGCCAGAUCCACGCGGCCGGGCGGUAAGGCAAGACAGAAAACAAACAAAGUCGUGGACUCAGAGGAGUCCGACUUUGAGCAACCGCGGGCGGCCAGCGACCGUGAGCGCUGGAGCCGGAUGGAGCGGUGUGUGGAGCAUUUGUUCCAACGUGACAGGCUCCGGGAGUUGGAGUCGGGUCACAGUGGGCUCUAUGGCAAACCCACAGCAGUACCUCUUGAAGGGCUGCACAGUGCUUCUACCUCACCAGAGGGGAGCACUGCGGAUCAGUUCUGAGCUGACCUGGAAGAGGGGCCACAGAAGAAAAGUCAAGUGUGCAGGGGGUGCAGGAACAAGAAAACCUACUGGACAUGGUGUCCAACUUUAUACAGCCAGACCAGACUGGCCAAAACCUGGAGCAAAAGCUAGCUGCCAGUAUAGACCAUAUGUCUCUCAACCAGUUACAAGAACAAGCUGUACUGGACACCACAUCAAGACACCUGGCACCGGGCAACUGCAUAUCCCUGAAUGUUCCAGUAGUAAAUACCUGUAUAUGGAAGCAUAUUGGAAUAGGAGUCAGAAGCGUGGAUGUCAAACUACAAAAAGUAUUGAAACUCCUAACAGCAGGGAUAACAGCAUUUGCCUGUGCAGUGGAUAACAAGGACAUGUCCCAGGUCCAACAAGAUGCACUGGCACUGCUUUGCAACACUCAAUAUGAGAUAAAUAACAUCAGGAAGAGUGCCAUCCAACCCACAUUAAAUCCAAAAUUCGCAGGUCUGUGCAAACCUGGAAACAAAAAACCACCGAUAUUACUAUUUGGAGGCAACGUAUCGAAGCAAGCCAAGGAGCUCAAUGAGGAAGCAAAAACCCUGGGACUAAUAAAACGGACUCCAUCAAAAACCCACUACAGCCAUAGACAGCACCCCUACGCACCCACCAGUAGAGCAAGACCGCCUGGUGAAAGCUCGAAGGCCCGGUAUAUAAAACAUGAGUCUUUUUUAGGCCAUGGCCCAGGCCGUCCUUCUUGGAAGAUACGCGGAGCUCCAACUCCAACCAAACCACAAAUCCAGACACCAGCGUAUCAACAUCAGCGAAGAACUUACAAAAAUAAGUAUACCUUCAGCUGGUAACUAUGGAGGUAGGUGAGUCUGGUUCCCUACAAAAUACAGGGAGCAUGGAGGUUGGGGGGAGAUUACACUCAUUUCUGAAUGCAUGGAGCAUGUUAACAACCGAUACUUACAUUUUAAGCAGUAUCCAGGGAUAUAAAAUAGAAUUUAUACACAAGUACAACCCUCCAGUUCAACAUAUACCGAACCGAAUGUUCGUACUUUCUGGUAAAGAAAAAUUGGAGGCGCAAGCUGAACUGGAGCAGCUUUACGCAAAAGGGGUAAUUGAAAAAACCCAACACGAAUCACUUGAAUUCGGGUCCAAUAUAUUUACCAAAAACAAAAAACAUGGUGGUUGUCGCAUCAUCAUAGAUCUGACCAAAUUGAAUACAUUUGUACAAUAUAUUCAUUUCAAAAUGGAAACCUUUGUUACUGCUAAAUAAUUAAUUUCCAAAGGUUACUUCAUGGCCAGCAUCGAUUUAAAAGAUGCUU